GCCGUUGACAAAGUUACAGAAUAGGUCUGAUUAUGUGUAACAGAUACACAUCAAUCGAAGGUACUGUACCGCUAUCCUAAAACCAUGCUUGAAUAGCCGGAACAUGUAUUAAAUUUGCUUAUUCAAUAAUUACAAUCAAGUUUAAAAGCGCAAUUCCGGUAUUGUAUGGAUCAUUGCAUUGCUAGUGGAUGCAGAUUCGAGUAUCGUGUGAAUCACGUGGUUUUUGCAAGGGUCUGCGGCUGAUUGGCUCAUUCUGGCUUCUUCAAAACCUGAAGCUUGGUUCCAAACUCAGAAACAAAACCAGACGGGUUAAAGAUGUGCAAGAGUGCACGUGUGAUUGACUGCGCAACAGAAAAGAAAAUCAGCGAAUAAAACAGCAGAGGAAACAACUGUAUCAGACUACCUGGGAUCUGCAAAGCAUCCACCAACAACAACCAUGCUGAGGAUCCGAAAGCCUAUACAGCGAUUAAGCUUUUUUCUGCUAUAAAUUAACUUGAUCAUAAACCGGGAGCAUAUCAAAAGUGCGAACUGCAAAGGUGGAAAAUAGUUAUUUCUGUGUUCUAACUCAUAACCGAAAAAACAGAAAACUAAGCUAUCUAAAGACAAUGCAUCAAAUUGAAACCAUGUGGCCGAAACUUACAUCAAAGAACAUGCUCUAGUUCCACCGAUACUGAAUGGAAUUGCAGACAAAUAACUACCAGAAGAUGCGAUGGGCAAAUGAAUACUUCAAAUAAAAGGGUAUAGCUAUCUAUUUAUUAAAUUCCAGGUGAUUUGAAAUCUGUAUCAAGAAAGCUCUGCUUGCCUCGACAUUCAUUCACAUCUGGAAGUCAACCUCAAAAUUCAGAGGACUUUAAGAAAUGUUUUAUUAUUAUUAUUAUUAUUAUUAUUAUUAUUAUUAUUAUUAUUAUUAUUAUUAUUAUUUUUCAUAGUCGAAUAAUCUUACAAAAAGACAUUGACCAGAAACACUUUUUCUUUAAUGGUGUUUUGUGGAGUACUUUAUCAGAAGUCUUAUUUUUGGAUUUUAAAAGAUUCCAAUCGUGGAAGGCUGUAAAUCUGAACAUUUAAAACCAGAAGUAAAGUGAAGAAAUCAGAUUAAUUUCAAACAACCAGAGCUGCAGAACAUAAUUACAAUAAGCUUAAUCUCAACAGUAUGUCAACAGCAAUAUAAGAAGUCGUCCUUGGAUUAACGACAACUCAAUGACAGCUUGGGUUAUUCACUGACCCAUCAAAGAGACUUGGACUGUCUUAAGUGCUUCUCAGUUUAAAAAUCAAUGAGUGAAUGGUUAUCGACCCAUUUUCACCUACCGUUUGGAAGCCAAAUCAUUACUGCUGGAAAUUGUUCUGGACUAAAGUUGUUCCAACCAUGUGUGUAGUCUUGUCUUCACAAGAGUCAGCCUUGAACCCUGAGUUGGGUUGUUUUGGAUGCAACCUCUGAAUCUGUUGACACACUGAAGAAAACAAAGGGCCAAUCAGAAUCGUCAGUAUUUGGAAUGGCAAAAGGACUUGCCUUUCUGUUCAUGUGCUAAGACAAAUUCCUUAACUAAGUCUUAAAUAAGCCAGUGCCAAUACACAGAAACGCAUCUCUUAAAAGAUUUAAGACAUCUGCAACAGUACUUCCAUAAGUAUUGACCAUUUGGGUAUUACAUCAGAGUCAACCGGGACUGGGAAAACUGACCGUCUUGAGGGGUUAAUUGAACUUUUGAAUACACAUCAGUUGUGUCUUUCCUACAGUCUUAGAGCGUACUGGCUGAUCUGGUUUAGGACCAUUUGGAAUUGAACCAGAAGGCUGGUUUGAUCCUCCAUCAGAACUUGCAAAAAAUCUCCCUCUGCGGUGGUGGUGUGGUCCCGUGGUGGCUUGCUGAAUUGCAGCUAUGCACGUUGAAGUGACCCUACAUCACUCCUCCUGCUCAGUCUCAGUGUGUGCGCGGCUCACCUCAAUAUGCUAGAUGCUGACGUGAUCUACAUCAUCCUGGAGCUGGUGAUCGCUGUGCUAGCGGUGCUGGGCAACGUGCUAGUGUGCUGGGCGGUGUGCCUGAACAGCAACCUGCAGAACGUCACCAACUUCUUCGUGGUGUCGCUGGCGGUGGCGGAUAUCGCGGUGGGCGUGCUGGCCAUCCCCUUCGCCAUCACCAUCAGCACGGGUUUCUGCGCCCACUUCCACGGCUGCCUCUUCAUCGCCUGCUUUGUCCUCGUGCUCACCCAGAGCUCCAUCUUCAGCCUGCUGGCCAUCGCCAUUGACCGCUACAUUGCCAUAAAGAUACCCCUCAGGUAUAAUGGUCUGGUGACGGGUCAGCGAGCUAAAGGGAUCAUCGCCAUCUGCUGGGUCCUCUCUGUCAUCAUUGGAUUGACGCCCAUGCUGGGCUGGAACAAAUGUACUAGUGAGGCCACCAACAGCAGCACCCAGGUAAAUCCUAUAAAGUGCACAGAUGACCGCAUGAUGCCUUGCCUCUUUGAGAACGUGGUCACCAUGGAUUACAUGGUCUACUUCAACUUCUUCGCCUUUGUCCUUGUGCCCUUGCUGCUCAUGCUGGGGAUCUACCUGAGGAUCUUCAUGGCGGCUCGGCACCAGCUCCAGCUGAUCGAACUCAAGGCCAUCCAGGGGGAGAAGUGCCGCUCCAUCCUCCAGAAGGAGGUCCACGCGGCCAAAUCCUUGGCCAUCAUCGUUGGGCUGUUUGCCGUCUGCUGGCUUCCGCUCCACAUCAUUAACUGCUUCACCUACUUCUGUCCUCAGUGCCCACGGCCCCCGGCCUGGCUCAUGUACCUGGCCAUCAUCUUGUCCCACGGCAAUUCUGUGGUCAACCCAUUCAUCUACGCCUACCGGAUACGGGAGUUCCGACAAACCUUCCGGAAGAUCAUCAGGCGACACAUUCUGGCGAAGAAGGAGCAUCUGUUCAAGAGUGGGGGAAGCAACAGCACCAGGACUUCGGUGCACACCAGCAUGGCAGAGAAUUCCACCGUCAAAAUUAAUGGCUACGCCCUGAAUAUGUACACAGAGGAAAAUGCCAGCAAGCACUGUAAUGAGCAAAAAACUCCCGGGGAGAACCCAGCUGAACAAAACCUAAAUAAAAACAAACCCCUCUCUGAUUUGCAUCAAUAUGGACAACAUUUAGACCUCCCACAUAUGCAAGAUCUCCGACAACAGAACAGAGACUUGCCAGAGACUUUUCAAAAUGGGGACAAGCCCAAGCUUGACAAAAAUGCAGAGGUCCUAUAUCUGCAAGAGAAUGAGGAAUUCUCGAAGGUGCAUGUCAAUUCUGUGUACCAAGAGAAAUCUUCACAGUGUCCAGGUCUUACGGAAGUGUCUUGAUUUCAGUCCAGAACUGUUUCCAUUAGGAUAUGAAUCUAUGUUUGUAUUAUUUAUUGACUCCCUUCUUAAAGAGGGCAGCAAGUGGGAAUAAAAAUAAAUGUAACAAUGAACUGUGGUCCAGAAUUUGCUCCGCAUUUCAAGGACCAAGGGUUCAUGAGUCAGGAGAAAUGGCAGAAGGUCCUAGGCCACCACCUUUUGUAAAAGGGCAGACAUCUGCUUAUUGAGGACCGGGGAAGGUUCUGGUGUACAUUUUAUGGGCGUAGAAACGUCUUUUUCAUAUGUUGUUUCUUGUUGUAAAAAAAAAUGAUUUUAAAAUAUUAUAUCCAGGAUGGGGCCAAAGUGAAUACGUAGGGUACAGACACAUUUGUCCCAGUGGCCACCAUUCCCUGGGGAUCCCACCAUGCUCAACUUAAAAUGAAUUUCACAGCGCUUAAGGUGGUCUUAAUCACUCCCUGUAAUCUUGUUUCUUUUCCACUGAGGCCCUGAUUACAACGUGUUGAUAAGAAUGGGAUGUGGAGCCGGGUCCACUUAGAUGGUAGUUUUCUUGUUUCAGUCUUACUUGAUACAAGCCAAAAAAUACAAAGCGGCCUGUGUUAAUGUACCUAUUUAAAGUGUUACCAGGCAGGGUCUUGUUAGCAAACAGCAAACUUAUUAAGCAUUAAGUUGUGGUAUCCUGUGCGGUAUGUUUCAAUGCAAUAUCUUUUUCAACAUAAUCACAAUUCCUUUGAUUUUUUUUUAAAAUGACCUUCAACGCAAAAUGAUUCCGUUUUGAACUGAGUUAUUGCAAUCUGUUCUGCUACAUUCCACAUUUGAGUACAUUAGGUACGUGAUCAAUAAAUAUGAAAGCAAUUGUGAUUAUGCUGAAAAAGAGGAUAUGAACAGCAAAGGAGACUAUUGCAGUAAGAGUUUCUUCAAUGACACUGCAUACUGUAGCAUGUUCAGUAACGCUUCCAAGAUGCUCUCCUGUUACAUAAAAAUAAGUGAACAGUUUUGUCGUACAGUAGAUCUUUACAGGCGAUUGUUGUGUUGUGCUGUACAUGUGUUGUUGCAGACUUUCUAAUGAUCUCGAAAACUUAAAACCCUAAUGACAAAAUGGGUCAAUAUAACACACCAGACUGUCACACUUGGUCAAAUUUGGAUGCUCAGAACAGUUAGUUGACGUCAUUAAAUAGAAAACGACAUCAGAAUAAUACAACAAAUUAAAGUAAUUUAUAUAUCAAAAGCAAAUUUUAAUGUGAAAUACAUUUUUUCCUGAGUUGUGUCCGAUUCAGGCACGGAGUGGAUAAGAGACUGAAUAUUAUUUGGCUGAAGGGAGCAGCUAUUUCCUCACCCACUGGACCAAAAGAGCAGAAUAUUCCAUGUAAUCUCCCCAUCUGUUUUUCAGAAAAUCAAAGCUCUGGUUUGUAAUGCAGUGAUAAAUGAAGUUAGAUGUUUUACAGCCGGAUGUCUGUUGCUUAUCCAAUAAGAAACACAAACGUGCUGACCUGUGGUACGCUCAUAACACCUAUAAAUCCAGCCAGAAUUAAUUCACACUCUUUUGUCUUUGGCCUGGGUAUUGUCUUCAACUGCUGGGGCAAAUACAGCAACACCUCCUUUUCUGAAUAAAUAUUUUUAAGAAA